AUGCUUUCCGUCCUCCCAACCGUGCUUGUUACCGCGGCGGCUCUACCCCUUGCGGCGGCGCAGUCUAGCAGCUCUUCAGUGACCUCGUCGGCGAGUUCGGCCUCGGCUUCAGCCUCCAGCGCAACCUCUUCGGCGUCAAAUACUUCAUCCUCGGUUGCGUCGUCGACGUCCCCGACUUCAACCAACUUCGCCAGUAUCACUGUCACCGAGAGCGGGACCACCUUUAUAUCCUCCAUACCCAUCACGGUAUCGCCCACCACUUCGUCUACCGCGACGAGCUCGGCAUCCUCUGCAUUUCCUUCAUUGGGCAAUGUUGAUCCGUGCAUCACAAACUGCUUGACCACUGCCAUCGGCUUGACUGGCUGCUCGUCUUUGACGGACGUGGCCUGUUUCUGCGCGAGCGAUGUCUUUACGCCGGCAUUAUACGAUUGCUUGUUGGCCGACAUGUCGCAAUGCACGACCGCCGCUUCGUCCCCGGCAUCAACAGCCGCGAGCUCGACAGCCAGCGGAUCCGUUAACGGGUCAUCGUCCGCAACAUCCUCCGCGGCAACCCCGACGUCGACCCUGCCGGCACCACUUGCGUCUGCUGAGGCGCUUGCGCAGUCGUUCUGCAACCUCGCUUCGACUUCGCUCGUUUUCCCCACGGCCUCAACGCGGAUACCCACAUCCUCGGUCGGGUCUUCGGCGGCAUCGACCACUGCACCAAGCAGCUCGGGCACUGCCUCGUCGGCGGCUUCCAGCACGACAUCCUCCAGUGCGGCUUCUGGCCUCCGUGUCACGAGCACAGCCAGCUGGACUGCUGCGGCCGUCGCUGGCCUGGGCGCCCUUCUUGGCGCCGUCUUGGUUGUGUAA